AUGGCAUGGAUGAAGGGACUACUUACUAGAGCGGCUUCGUUGCAUGCUUCGUUAUCUCAAUAUUCUACUAAUGGGCUAUCUACAUAUGGGUGUUUGAACGCAUCCACACUUCCUCCAUUUCUAAAUGAUGGUGGUUCAUAUUACGGACACCCUUGGGGAAACGCCAAGCCAGGACCACACCUACCACCCAAUACUGGAAAGACUCGGCAUUAUGAUCUCACAGUAUCCAGAUCUAUCAAAGCACCAGAUGGAUAUCAGAAAAGUGUUAUCUUAAUCAAUGAUCAAUUCCCUGGACCUCUCAUCGAAGCAAACUGGGGAGACACGAUUAGCGUCAGAGUCACAAACAAUAUUACCGAUAAUGGAAAAGAAGGGCUGAGUCUUCAUUGGCAUGGUCAACCACAGAAGCUGAGUCCUUGGGCGGAUGGUGUACCAUCCGUCACUCAAUGUCCCAUUGCCCCUGGAAGUAGUUUCACAUACGAGUUUCGAGCCGAGUCUUUUGGAACCAGCUGGUAUCAUUCUCAUUUUAGCGCUCAGUACAACGAUGGCCUUUUUGGGCCAUUGAUAAUUUAUGGUCCCAAUCACGUAGAUUAUGAUAUUGAUCUUGGACCCGUCAUGCUGUCUGACUAUCUUCAUCAAUCAUAUCGUAGCAUGGUCGUAGGCAUCGCGACAAAAGUUCCGAAUGGUCCAAUAUUCCCACAUGUUGACAAUAACCUAAUCAAUGGAAAAGGGUCAUUCAAUUGCAAUUCCACCUUGGGUGGGACUUGUACACCGGAUGCAGGGCUAUCCAAAUUUAAGUUUACCAAAGGCAAGACGCAUCGUCUCCGGCUCAUUAAUGCUGGUAGUGCAGGCACGCAAAAAUUCUCAAUUGAUGGACACCAACUUCAGGUUACCACGGUCGAUUAUGUUCCAAUCGUUCCUUAUACUACUAACGUGGUAACUCUUGGAAUUGGACAAAGAGCUGAUGUCUUAGUUCACGCAACGGGAGAAUCGACCGAUGCUGUCUGGAUGCGAUCUGAUUUGGAUGUUCCAUGCAUGCUUCUGACUUGCACAAAUCCUCAUGGUUUAGCAGCAGUUUACUAUGACAACGCAAGUACAACACUUGCGCCGACAACGACAGGCGUAUCAUGGGACAGUAACGAUUGUGCCAAUGACCCGUUACAUUUAACCAUUCCAUACACCGAAAUAAGCCCACCCGAGAGCCCGUCCAUCACACAGGACAUGGAAAUCAAUGUUGGUGUGAAUGGAUCUGGCAGUGCCCUCUUCACUGUGAAUAAUUCGACCUUCCGAGCUGACUACAACUCACCACUCCUCCUUCUUGCCAGCCAAGGCACUCCCGUCUCAACCCUUCCUCACGAUUGGAAUAUCUACAACUUUUCCAGUCACCCUUCUAUCCGCAUCCACGUCACCAAUAUUUGGGAUACACCUCACCCUAUGCAUCUCCACGGACACGAUUUCUUUGUCCUCGCUGAAGGAAAGGGGACUUGGGACGGCACCAUCACAAACCCAUCUAAUCCCGUCCGUCGCGACACAGCACUUAUGAGACCCGGUUCGCCAUCCGAUCCCAGUUUCCUCGUGGUAGAAUUUUUCGCGGAUAAUCCUGGAGUUUGGCCAUUCCAUUGCCAUACGAGUUCGCAUGUUAGUGCAGGGCUUUUGGUGAAUAUUUUUGAGAGACCGGAUUUGGUCGCUGAGGGAAGAGAUCAGAGAGGUAUGAUUCCACAGGUGGUUAAGGAAACUUGCGAUGCUUGGAAUGCGUAUACUAGUGCUGGAGGGGAAGUUGAUGAGAUUGAUUCUGGAUUGCGUCGUCGAAGAUAUUAA